CUUUGGGAACGCGCGCCGACCGCGCGCAACCCCACCCAUCGCGCCGUGACAAAUGCAACUUUUACUUCCGGCUGCGUACACGGCCAUCGCGCUUGGUUUCGUCACUCCGUUCUCCGCUGGUGUCCACGCUAGUGCCGUUCCGUGUGCCCGAUCCUAGCCCAGGCUUCUCUCUCUCUCUCCACGCCCGUCGUUCUGCUCCCCACGACCGUCACUUGCGCUCCGCAGUUCUAUAUCAUCCGAGGGAUCUCUUUUGUUUGUCGUAUGUCCAUCCAGAAUCUCAACACAUUCGACCCCUUUGCAGAUGCAAUCAAGGGUUCAGACGAUGACGUCCAGGACGGCCUCGUUCAUAUAAGGAUCCAGCAGCGGAAUGGUCGCAAGACCUUAACAACGGUGCAAGGACUCUCCUCGGAAUAUGACUUGAAGAAAAUCGUGAGAGCAUGUAAAAAGGAGUUUGCCUGCAAUGGGACAGUAAUAGAGCACCCGGAGUACGGGGAGGUGCUGCAGCUGCAGGGGGACCAACGAGAGAAUAUAUGCCAGUGGCUGACAAAGUCUGGUCUGGCAAAACCUGACCAGCUCAAGGUCCAUGGUUUUUAAUCGACUAACAACAGCAGCAACAAUUACCAUCCAUGCCACAACCUACAACAACAGCAAACAGCUCCGCCCCUCGUCAGCGCUACAUGAUCGUCUCAAAUUGAAUCUGUAUAUCACUCAUUAAACUCCUCGUGGGAUAUCCCAAUUAUACUAUCACGCCAACAUAUAAAUAUAUAUAUAAACACAUAUAUAUACACGUACAUACACGCGCGAGCACAUAUAUAUUUCAGUAAUAAAAACAAAGGAACAAGAAAGAACGAAAGAAAACAAAACGAUACGGAGAGGGAAGUAAACGAUAGAGGAUAAAAGGCGAAUAAAAGGAAGGAGGUAGAAAGGUGUAGCGAAGAAAGGGAGGAUAUAUAGGCAUAUAACCGGCGUAUACCUAUAGGCAAUAUCUAUUCUAAUCAGAAUCUUUCUCUCGAGAUAAAAAAGAAGCAAUACGUCACACUGUAAGCCUUAUGUUAGGUGAUAGCGGCUGUUGAGGUAGGAACUCCCUGCCUUGCAGCAGUGGACAGGACAUCUGAUUUUGAUAAACAUCGAGGAGGAGGAGGAGCAGGAGUUGGAGGAGGAGGAAGAGAGGCACAGAUGAACGAACGGUAAUUAGCAUCGCCGGAUGGAUGUUCGUUCUUGCAUUAGGUAGUAUGUAUCUGGGCGCGAUAGACGUGUUCCGAGAAGGCGGUAAAGCUGUAGGUUGAUUCGACUCUCUCUCUCCCUCCUCGCGCCCGCCAUACUCUUCUCCGCGUCCCCCUCGUCUCGUAGGGAAAACUGAGAAUUUUUCUUUUUUACGUUUGUAUCUGGAAAAUUUAACGAGAGCGCGCGCGCCCACGCUCGUCCUCGAUCGCGAUCAUUUGUUGAGUAUUUCCAGGGCCGAUUUCGAUUCUUCCUUUCGCGUAGAGGACAUCGCUCCUUCGCUCCCCCGUAAUCACGUCUUCGCUCUUGCUUUCCCACCCUCCCCCCUUUUUAAGACAGUAAUAAAUUAAAUGACGAAUUGUUUUGAAAUAAUAAUAAUGAGAGUUAAUAAAAUGUGGCUGUUCUAGAUAAAUA